AUGAAGCUCUACCUCACCCUGAAUCGGUUCCGCGCCUACGUCGCCGACUGGAUCGUGGUGUUGGUAUUGUUGAUCGCCUUCUUCACCGUGUGCGAGCUGGCAAAGCCGUUCACGCGCCAGUUUGAGAUUGAUAACCCCCGCAUCUCCCACCCAUUCGCCCAUGUGGAGCGGUUCAGUGAUGACCAGCUCUACUUGAUCACGUGUAUUGCUCCCUCGAUCAUCAUCACGUUGAUUCUGUUAGUGAAAGGGAAGACCAACUACGAUCGCAUCCACCUCUACCAAGUAUCCAACCUCGCCUUCUGGCUCACGAUGGCGAUGGUGGGGGUCAUCACUGAUACCCUUAAGGUGUGGAUUGCCAAUCCUCGUCCCGACUUCUUGGCUCGCUGUGGAGCUAAGACUACACAAAAGACGGGGUUGGUGGACAUUCUGGUGUGUCUGAGUCCUCUUGGCGAAGCCUACCUCUGGGACGGUCUCAAACUGACACCCCUGGGCCACUCGUCAUUUGCGUUUGCCGGCUUAGGCUUCCUCAGUCUCUGGCUUAUGGGCCAAUUCAAAGUGUGGCGAAACCACGCACCGUUAUACAAGCUGAUAUUUGCGCUGUUACCCUUGGUAUUGGCCAGUUACAUUGCGUUGUCUCGCGGCCAGGACUACCGCCACCACUUAUUUGACAUCUGCUUUGGCUCCACCAUCGGUAUCGUAGGGGCCUGGCUCGGCUACCAUCGCUACUUCCCUGCGGUCAACGGUAAAAACUGCAACCAGCCCAUUGACUUUGUAGAGCUGUGA